AUGCUGAGCGAUCUGACAGCUGAGACAAUGCGGCUGGUGGAUGACUACUUGCAGCACUACCUGAGUGGUUCGGUGCUGUCUCACAGCCACAUGGCCAAGACCCUGUGGAGAGUGGCUGACAUGCUGGAGAGCCAUGAUAAGGCAUUCUUUCACUUGAUUUGCUACACAGCAAUCUUGCUGGAGCCCAGUGGGGCAGCCGCCCACUUGAACCGUGUGGCAGCGCAGAUGGAAUCUGAUGGUGGAGUUAACUGGGGCCAAGUAGUGGUGCUGUUUGUGUUCACCAGCACCUUGACAGCUGCACUGACUGAGCAGGGGGCCUGUGAGGAGAUCAGCAGCCUGACAGAGGCAUUGGUCAUCUAUCUGUCUGGAGAAGCGUGA